GCAGUAGUCUUCAGUAACUAGUUGAGGUGUAUUUGAGUUUGACAGUCGUUAGUCGUGGUAAUGCAGAUACAUACGAUGAUCCGGUAGUAAAGUGCAAUUGUUGACUUUUCGAUUAUUUUAUUCACGGUGUUACAUCAAAUAAAAAAAAAACGUUUUUCACUGGUUGUCGUUUGAAUUGCAAAUUACCGUUUAUAUUUUUAGCUGACUGUCAAAAAGAAACACACCUAUAAUGGAUAUGGAGGUAGACGAAUCUUGAUGCCUAGAAUGAGCCCUACGAAAAUAGAGACAAGAAGAGGAUGCGUCCGACCGCCACAUUUCGAUAUACUAUGGCUUCCAAAAGCAGCUAUGAAAUCGAUGGAAGGCGAUUCUUCAGAUUGUGUCUUAGUAGUCGGUGUUUCCCGACCAAAAAUGGCCCUAGCAAUACUAACAAUUAUGCUGAUCUCGCUCUUCUUUACAUUUCAUUUGAUCUACGACAGUGCCCUUAACAGUCUACAAACAAGAAACGUGGAACAUUCAAGGCCUCCAGUUCUUCUUCUUUCCAAAAGACUGUACCCUGCUGCUGCCAGAAGACUACCACAGGCUAUAAUCAUGGGAGUAAGAAAAUGUGGUACAAGGGCAUUACUUGAAAUGCUCUAUCUACAUCCAAUGAUUCAGAAAGCAGCUGGAGAAAUACAUUUCUUCGAUAGGGACGAAAACUACUUCAAAGGUUUAGAAUGGUACAGGAUGCAAAUGCCACAUUCUUACGCGGGACAGAUAACGAUCGAAAAAAGUCCUAGCUAUUUCGUUACGCCAGAAGUCCCUGAACGUAUCCGAGCCAUGAACUCCAGCAUCAAACUACUUCUUAUUGUCCGCGAACCAGUUACUCGUGCCAUAUCGGAUUAUACUCAGUUACGUGCUAACGCAGCUACAGCUUCGCCCGCUCUACCUACACCGAAUCCAAAAACGUUUGAGCAAUUGGCGCUCUUUCCCAACGGAUCUAUAAAUGAAUCAUACAGACCUCUUGCUAUAUCUAUAUACCAUAACUACAUGCACAGAUGGCUGGAAGCUUUUUCUAGGGAUCAGUUGCUCAUUGUCAAUGGAGAUCUACUUAUAGAGGAUCCUGUUAGUCAAAUUCAGAAGAUUGAACGGUUCCUUGGUAUAGAAGCCAGAAUAGGGACCCAUAAUUUUUAUUUUAAUGAAACCAAAGGGUUCUUCUGUCUCAGGAAUGAAACUUCUGAUAGAUGCCUGCGAGAAACAAAAGGAAGGAAACACCCAAGAGUAGAUCCUGAAGUUAUAUCGAAACUUAGAAAAUAUUUUGGGGAACAUAACCAAAAAUUUUAUGAGCUUGUCGGAGAAGACCUCGGAUGGCCAGAGGAAUAAUGUUGAUUUAGUUUUUAGGUUAAUUAAAAUUGUGAUCCAUCAAAUAUUGAGACUAAUCAAGGUGAAAUUUCACAGUGUUUUUAUUUAAAAUUUGCAUUUUUAUAUUGGUUUCCACAAGAUUACGAAAAUUAAUGGUAUUAGUUAAAAUCUAAUAUAUGUUUUAUUACUAAAAAAUUUAGUACUAGGAAUAGUAUUUUGAGUAAUUUAUCAAUAAAUUCCCUUCUAAAAUGUGGCCUAUCAACAAAUAAUGAGUACUAUCUGAGACAUAAGAGUAUUUUUAUAUCACUAUUUCAGUUUGUUAAAUUUUGCCUUGAUUAACAAACAAAUUGAAACCAAAACAUUUAAAACCUGGUCUUGGUUCAAUAUUUAUGACUAUAUACAUCAUCCAAAGGAUUAUAACGGACGUCAAUCUAUCGAAAUUAUUUUUAUCGUGUAAAAACAAAAAAGGAAUAAGUGAAAAUAUGAAUAAUGUAUAGAAAAAUAACAUCAAUAUGUUGUUCCGUCUAAGAUGAAGCUAAUUCUAUCAAAAACUUUUUAUUUUUUUUGCAAUGUUGUUUAUUCGCUCCAUAUUUUUAAAAGCUCUCUCGAUGAUAAUAAACUAUUUCAUGCUCGCUUUUUGAAUAACUUAACAGAUCAUAUUUCCAUAUUUCCCAAAGGAACAUAAUCCCCACUUAAACAUGCAUAAAGAAGUUUGUUACUGAAGUUUAAGAGAUUACAGUUAACCAAGAGGUUAAAUCGAUUAUAAACUUUUAUAGAUGCGGAGUCGAGAAAUAUCAACUAUUUUGAUAAAGUAUCAAAUUAAUGAACUACUAAAAUUUAUAUUACACUAGUUUCUGUGGUUUUUAUGCUAUAGAAACGAAUCGAAAGUUAUCAAUUAUUGUUUUUUAGGUUAUAGUUAGUCAGACAUCAUAAUAAAAAAAUUCUGUCACGUCCGUUUCUAGAAAUUCUUCAUUAUUUAUAAAACUUGGUAAUUAUAGUGUAAACAAUAAUAAAAUAAUUGAUUAUGACACAUUUUGGCUCCCUUUUCAUAGUUUUCAAAAUGACUUAUGACGUUCAAGAAUCUUCAAAUACCUCCUCUUAAUCAAUUAUACUAAAUUAUGAGGGGAAAAAUUCACAUGUGAGUGCAGAAAAUGAAUUUUGAAUUUUCUGUUGAAAAUUGGAAGUUUUUCUAUAGGUCAAACCACAUCUUCAUAGUAUCAUAAUCUUUUUAUUUGUUAAAAUCUGUGUCUUCUUGAAUGACUUUCAAGCAUUUUUUCUUUGACAGAUAAGGAACUUUCAAAACUAAUAUUGAGGAUCUGUGGACGAAUAAAUAUUCUUUUACUUUUCCUUUCUGUAAUAUUUGGAAAGAUUGUUUGCAAAUACCUAAAUACAUCACUAUUCGUGUUUAUCCCUUUGACAAAUAUUAUCGAAAUCCCAAUUUAAUGUAUGAAAGAAUUAGAAUAAUGCUUUUUGAAUCUACCAAAAAUUUAUAUUUGUAGUUACAUUUGCCUGAAGUAUAUUGGUAAAAGUCAUUAUUUACUUACACAAUGACAUUUUUUGGCCCUGGUGGAAGAGCAAAAAAUACAAAAGUAUUCAGUAAAUCAACCAUGUGAACUAAUUACACCCCGUUAACUUUGAGGUCUUUGUUCACUUUCCAUUGAUGUUUUUCGUACUUUAUUAAUUCUAUUAACGUUCACAUUGAUUCUUAGCUAUCUACAAUUUACUACUCGUCUUUUUGGCAUAUGUUAUAAGGGGUUCUCCAAUAAGAGGUGUUAUUUUGAUAUUCAAAGAAAAACGCCAUUUUUUGAGAUAAAUGAUCGGAUGUUUAUUUCAUUAUAAAGAGGAAGGUAUGCCGUUAAUAAUGGAACACAACAUCAGCCAAAUGGCCGCCACGACUGCGCUUACAGGACCAUAUCCUUUUCAUGAAAUUUUCCGUAACCAAAUUGUUAAGCGGCUGCCCUAUGUCCUCGAUAGCCUCACGAAUUCCAUCUUUGAGGUCUUGAAUCGAUGCUGGACUGUUGGCGUAGACCUUAUCUCUCACGUGGCCCCAAAGGAAAAAGUCGCAAGGUGUUAAAUCACAAGAUCUCGGUGGCCAAUUGUGAUAACACGGUCCGGAAAUUUUCCCGUAAAAGAUCGAUGGUUUCGUUGCUUGUGUGGUUGAAAGUAAACGUUGUCCAAAUCAAUACCAUCCAAUUCCGGCCAUAAAAAAUCAUUAAUCAUCUCUCGAUAGCGCAAUUCAUUCACCGUAACUGUUGCUCGAGCCUCAUUUUCGAAAAAGUAAGGUCCAAUGACACCGCCAGACCAUAAACCGCACCAAACAGUCACGCGUUGAGAAUGGAGAGGAUUUUCAACAAUAACUCUUGGAGUAAUUCCGGAUUAUUUUCAUGCAUUUCAAGGACCCAAUCAGCAAAGACACGACGUUGUUGAUGAUCGGCCGGCUUGAGUUCUUGUGUUAACUGAACUUUAUAGGCAUUAAGACCCUAGUCUUUAUGCAAAAUACGGUGUAAUGACGUUUGUGGAAUGGCUAAUUCCAAAGAACGACGAGGAAUGGACAAACCUGGGAUUUCUUCAACACUUUGGGCUACAGCAGCAAUAUUCUCAGUUGUUCUUGAGCGAUGUGUACGGGUUUUAUUCUUCACAUCACUAACUUGUCCCAACAGCUCAAAUUUUUCCACCAAUUUCUGUAUUGCGGUCCGAGAAGGUGCUUCACGUCGACCCAAAAAUGUUUUAGUUUUACGAACCGUCUCUGCCAAACUUUCGCCAUUUUUAUAGUGAAUUUUAAUAAUUACAACGCGUUAUUGAAGCGUGUAUCGUUCCAUUUUCAUUAAUGGCGUAGUUUCUACUUGUCAAAUGUCAAAAAAUGACAGCUUCAAAAUUGACAUUUACCGAAAUAGCGGUCUGUUCAAACUAACAUCUCUUAUUGGAAAAUUAUGCAAUAAAACUGUUUUACCUAUUUUUCAUAGAAUCAACGAAUUAACGCCAUCAUAGUUUUAAUUCAUUGCAAGUCCCGAUAUAAAGUAAAAUAACAGUAUUCCGUUGCAUUUUGAAAAAUUCUGAGUUAAAUUUACUUCUGUACUGUUAACAAAUUGCAUUAUUAGAAUCGACAUCCAAAAAGUUAAGCUUCAGAUCUUGAUAAUCGUAAAUCUGUGAUAAGAUUAUUCUAUUAAGCUUAAUUAAUUGAAUGUGGAAUAUUUUCGUGAAGAGAUAUAUCUUCGGAAUCAAUUUCAGUGAAAUAUUCUUUCAAUAUAAUGAAAAGACAAUUUUUUUUAAACUUCAACGAUUAGAACUUUAUUAUCACUUCCUACUUGUCGUUUUGAUUGAAUUUUAUAAAGAUAUAUUGAACUUUGAGUGAGAAUUGACGAGUAUUAGGGUAUAUAAAAAAUUCGAAUGUUAGGAAAGGUUUCGACAAUCAGGGUUAGGAACAAAAGAACUAGGUUCAUGGGAUAAACCGCGUUGGAAUUUUGAAAAUUCUUGAUGUUUCGGCUCCCACUUUGAAGUCAUUAUCAAGAUAGGGGUGAGGAUAAAGUGGUAUUUCGUUCAUUGGUAAGAAUUGAUCUGAUUCCGUAGUAUCAAUCUGCCUACUGCACGCAAAUAAUCACCCCUUUUAUUGGUUGAUUCCAAUGCCUCAAUCUGCACUGUUUAAAUUCUUAGUAAUAAAAAAAAUAACGAAGCCAGCGAAAAAUCAGGAGCAGAAAACAUUAUAGCUUUGAUGAUGAUUUAGAUGAUUAUUGAUAAAUUAUAUAUAGAAUCCGAAUGUACCUUUAUUUAUUGUAUGCUCAACUUUAAUUAGAAUUUCCUUAUAAAAAUCCCUUCUUCCAUACUAAUUUAGAUGUAAUUUAAAAUCUACGAAAAAAAGCAGAAUAUGAAAAAAAUACAUUUACUUCAGACAAAAUAUUUCAAAGUACAAUGUGUGAUAGUAUAAGUCUUAAUUACAUAAUACUUCCAUCAGUUUCUAAGCCCGCGUGACAAGUUAUUUUUUAAUUUGGCAUCAAAAUAAAGGUAGGCGUACAAAUUAACUCAGGAUUGAUCAAAAUUUGCGAUGACGGUAAAACAUUACAGUCAUUCAAUAAUAUAAAACUCAUUUAAACAUAUAUUGUAAACUUUUCAUUUUCAUAAAAAAUUGUCAAAUCCGCGAUGUGAACGACGUCUUGAAUUUGUUUGAUAUAUAUAUUUGAGGAAAAUAAAAAUCUUAUGUCAUGAUACGGACCUAAGAUCGUGAUAAUUCCUUGUACCAAGACCAGCAUUAUAUCAAUUGUUUAAUUAAUUUGCUCAAUUACGGUAGUAGAACUAAUUAUGGAGUACCAGUGAUUGAUGAUAUUCAUUAUUUUUACCACCAUUUGACGAAAAUAUUUGAAGCUGCUAUAUAAAUCUAUUGAGCCAUAAAAUAUCACUAUUCUUGAAAUAUUAUUUAGAUAACAAGCUUCAGAUACAGUUGUCAUGAUUCUUUUCCAAAAUAUUUGACAAUAACAAAUUUAUUAUAAUCAAUCAAUCAACAUGAAAUAUUUCAUUUGCAAAGGUAACAUUUAAGAACAAUAUUUUCAGUAAAUAACAUCCAUUAACUCAAAUUUUUUGCUGUUUAAAAGGUCUUGAAUAUAAAAAUCUAGAUGAUGAUUUCAAAUGAACAAUUAGAUAGAAACGAAUAUAGAAUAAUUGAUUUCUGUUUUUGGACACCUUAACAUAAAAAACGAUAAGAUAAUGGACUUAAUCCUAUAUCAUAAUUGAAUGAGUUCAUGAUGAACACUGGCUUCCCUACCAUAUUAUUGACUAUGGGCAUUUUCUCCACAGGGUUUUCCAACUUCUUAUUAUUUCUCGUCAAUCUUACUAAUUGUUUUGCUAGCUUCUUCAAAUUUCAGAAUAUAUAUCGAAUUAUUGUUAUCAAAUAGGUAUUUCUAAGUGUUCUGGUACUAUGUACUCAAGAAUAUUGGGGAGGCUUAAAUCAUGAAGGCUAAUUUCGGAGUUUUCCAUCAGUUUGUGAGUCAUUAGAAGUGUUCUGAUGUUAAGAUUAUUUUGAAUUCACUCAUCAUAAUGAAAUUUAUACUCAAAAUUUAUCCUGAAACGAGCGUGAAUGGUAUAUUUUCCAUUUCCAUUUAUGUUCAAAAUAUAGAGGUCCCAGAAGCCGGAAGCGGAUUUUUCAACUUCAGUUCCGCUAAUUAUAUCAUGAAAUUCGAUGUAAAAAAAAACUUUUUUCUGAGUUAUUGGCCAAUGAAGAUAAUUCAACAUAAGCUUGAGUAAACCUAAUCUUAUCCAAGCUAAAGUGAAUUCCACCCAACCUAACCUAAAUAUAAGAUAUUUUCUUCAUUUUAUGGUGUAUAUCAUGAGAAAAACCUGAAUUUUAGACAUCUUAGACCUCGUUAUAUGGACUAUACGAUCUUAAAAUCGCAAAAUAAACACAAUUCCGAAGUAGGUAUAGCCUUAAGCAUUUUUUACACCGUUUUAAAUUCUAUAUUUCCACUGUUCCGAUUCUCCACCUGUCGUGUAUGUGGAGACAACCCAUUUCGAAGGUUCUUUUCUGAAGAAACCUGAUACAUUAGCCAAAAUGCUCACAUUCGAAAUAUUCCAUCAAGCAGCAUCAAAGCCUAUUAAAGUAUGGGAUUUCUUAACAAUAUUUAACUGUAUCACUUUUAAUUCCAUUGUACAUUUUAGUACAUGGCGAUUGAACAAAAAUUACUAAAAUAGAAAUCACGAACUCAGGUAAUCCUUGAAGCCACCCUAAUGUGAAAGAUACCAGUAAUACUCCUUCAUAUAAUUACUCGGCGGGUGAAGAAAUUUGGAAUUAAUAUAAUCACAAAGAACUAGAAGUAGUGUUGCCACUAUAGAAUAUAUUAGUAAUUAACUAGGUAAUUAUAUAGAUUAAAUAAAUUAAUAAGGAGAUGAAUAAUAAGUAUAAACUUUUUAAAUUGAGUUCAAAUUGAGGAAGCAGUACUUUUUGUUCAAACAACAGUCGAAAUCGUGCGAAAAUAAAUUAUUAUGGGAAUUCAGAGUGACUAUAAACAUUUUAAAUGAGUUUAAAUUAAUUAAACAUUACAAAAAUAUAUGAUAAAUCCAUUAUUGUCAAAUAUUUUGAUGAUAACGCCAACGUUGCCAUUUUUUUUCACGUUGCAGUUUAUCAUUUGCUUCAGAACUGGUAUCACUAUUAUUGUAGUAAGGGAACGGCACAAAGUAGAAAUGAAAAUACACUGUGAUAACAUCCACGUAUCUUAUAACGCUAAGUAAUAAAAAAACGAUAAGUUUUGAAGCACAUGAUUUUUUUCUCACACAAACUUCUAUACAUAUCAAAUUUUUCAAAGGAAAUUCCAACUUAUACAUAUCAUGAAACACGCAAAAACAAAAGAAACCUACGAAUUAUAUUUAGAUUAAUUCUAUUAUAUGUAUAAGAUAACAGAUAAUAAACGUGUACUUGGGUUUUUGAGUUGGAUCAUAUUGAUCAGUGCCUUAUUUGGUUUUUUAAGUUUGUAAUCCACAUUGGAACUGAAUAAGAAGAUAUUUUUUCAUUCUAUUUACUGUUAAACUGUAGUUGAAUUUGACACUUUAUCCUCGUAGACCUUUAUCAAAAGUUCAUUGAUAUCGGUGGACCUCUUUUACAUUUCUACUGAAAUGUGAAAUUUCGGAGCUGACGAUGGAAAUUUAGGUAGACCCAUAACGAAUCUUUCUUUGACUUCCGGCGGUUCACUCAGACUACAUUGGGAAUCACUAUUCUAGAAGAUUUAACUUACCUCAAAUGUCAAACAAUAUAGAUAAAAACUCUAGACAUAUUCAUCUAGUAUUAACAAAACAAUUUCAAACCAAUUCCAUUUGAACAGCUUAAAUUCAGUCAUUUUAAUGAAACUGUGAUGUGUUAAUUUAAACAACAGAAUUAUUGUUUGGUCUAUAACUAUUAAAAGACAUUAGGCAGAUACACAACAUUAUUCACUAAUAUAAUUUUAAUUUUCAAUGUAAUUGAUUGCCAUUUUAGUACCUUUUUCACCAAUAUCAAACUUUUUUUGUACAAGCUUAGUUUUAUUAAAUUUUGACAAAACCACGUGCAUUUGGAAGUAAACAAAAAUAAACUCACUUCUUGUCAGAUUAAAUUCCUAAAGUCCAGUAAUGUUAUCAAUAUAGAAGAGAAGUGGUAAUUUCAAGGUUGGCGAACAGCUCUAAUGUUAUUGAAACUAGAUUUGGAAAACAGGUGUUGGUUUAUAUUCCAAAAAAGAUAAAUAACGCCAUCUUCUAUUCAAUUUCCUUGGUAACAAAGAACCAAUAAGGAAGUCACCUGGUACAUAGAUGGCUUCACUAUAAUGAGUGGUUAGACCGGAGCAAACACAUAUGGAGAACACCCCAAAAUAAGCGAAUUUCUAUCGUUAGGGGAACAUGCUACCGUCUUUCAAGUCGAGGUAUCCGCUGUAUUGAAAUGUGGACGCGCGAUACUCAAUCGACGCCAUGGAAACGCAGUAAUCUCAAUGUGUAACAAAUUUUUACAAAAACUGGUUCAAGAUACAGUUCAUUUGGGAUUUCAUCCAGUUUGGGAUUGGCAAAUGAACCAAAACCAAUUCUUGGUGUAGUCAAAAUUGCUGCUCUAAACGGUCUGAUUGCGAAGCAAAUUCUACGGAAAUGUAUAGAAAUAUCUAGCAUGAGGCAAACUAAGGAACAGACUCUUAGAUAGGUCUAUUGCAAACCAAUUUAAACUUCAAUAGGUGCGAAGUUUGAUUGGUGACAGGACCUUUGAAUAGGCACAGUAAUUUAGACGCCAUAUCUAUUCUAUAGGUAACACGGAUGAGCUGGAGUUACCCAGCAUUCAAAAGGGUACGGUUCUAAUACUUGAGCAAGCCUCAGGGUUUGCCUGAUUAUUUUCAAGACAAAGUUCCUGAUCGGUUUUUCCCACGUCUGGUAAUUUCAAGUUGAGUAGGAUAGAGCUGUCAGUAGGCCUUUGUGCUGAUGGUUUAAGGCUGAUGAUUUAAGAUACUUGUUUCUCCUUUGUCCCUCAAUUAUUCAGAGAUGAUCCUUAUGAUUCCCAUACUUGUAAUUUUGAUGUUUCACUGGACCAUUUAUGUAGAAUAAAGUUCUAUCAGAAAAGAGAAUUCAUUGUGGAUCGUGUUCUUAUUAAUUUUAUAUUCUUUCACUGAUCUAACUCUGUUUUACUGAUAUUACUACGGCAGAUGCUCUUCAAUCAAUAUGAUCCCUCUUAGAGCAGUAUUUGCAAGAUCUACUUGACAGGCAGACGUGGCUCAUGGACACCGAGUUCGCCUGUAGAUGACCAGAACGUCAAUUUAUUGGAACUUCUUUCUUUGGAGAUGUACAGGCCUGUGGAAUCAUGGAACAAAGCACCUCUAUCUCGAUUUCUACAGCCUACAGAAGUAAGAUCAAUAUCCAUAGGCACCUCCACAUGGCAAGCAACACUCGAGUGCAAUAGGGUUGUGCUUGCUUUUGACAUGAAAAUAAAAAUUAGAUGAUCGGAAUUAUUAUAAUUUUUCUGUUUUUGUUACAUGUGAUACUGAUCUUUGACUAUACCAUUGCGUUUUGAACUAAUUUGUGAACUUUAUGAUUCAACGCGUUUAAAAUAUGCUGGGACGAAUCAAAUAUUCGAUUGGUUAACGACUAUUUUAGUUCGCAUUCACCAAAAUCUCUACACGUUGUGUUUUAUAUAGAUGACUUGUGAGAAGUUGGUUUAUUUUUUGAUGGAAUUAUUUCGCACAAUGAUAAAAGAAAUCUUGCUUUAAAAAGUGAGAAUUCUCAUUAUGAAAUUCACGAAUAUCAUUUCCUAAUCCUUUUUUCAAAUAACUAACAUGUGACAAAAAAUUAUUUAACAUUUUGGGUAGCACAAUGUGAGCUAAUUGCUUUUUGCUUAUGUUUUUUCAAUUAUUACAAGAUUUUAAUUUUUAAUUUUGAGGAUUUUAAGCAAUUGAAUUUUUUUUCAGAGUAAUAAUUCUAAUAAGUUAAUACCCGCAGAUAUAGAAUUGUCCCUUUUAAUUCUAUUUGGAAAAUGAAACAUUACGUAAAUUAGAAUAUGGGUUUUCUAGAUUUGUAAUAAUCAAAUUUUCUAGAUUUUCUAUGCGUAAAAAAUUAAUUAUGGGCCUUUGAUGAAGGUGUAGCAACAAGAACAAGUUUAAAAUUACAUAACAGUGCUUUGGAAUGUUUCAUGAUGAUUUCCAAUAUAGAUAUUUCAUCAUAUCAUAUUUUAAUACACUAAAUGAAUGAAAAAAUAUCAAAACUGAAUAUUUUGUUGUGUUGAAUUGUUUUUUUAAGUACACUAACUCGAAUAAUUAUUGUUUGUAGUUGAAAUAAUUGAUAGUUACCUAUGAAAAAUGAGCAAUAGUAGGUACCUAAGUGAUUUAGGCAACACUUUCGAUUAGUUUAUUGAAUUCACACUUUUUUAGUAGAGUGAAGGAACAAUGCAUAUCAACAGAUGCCAUAAUGUUGUUAUUUCAGAGUAAAUUUAGGAUAAUUUAGGUUAAUAUAAGAAGAAAUGACAUAGAUUUCGAAUGAAAAUGAAUAUACCUCAUCUACUGUACAAAUUCAAAUAAUCGUUUUCAUAGCAUACAUUUAUUAUUUAUUGUCACGUUUUUCGAUAAGUUAUACUCUCCAGAGAUUGAAAGUGAAUUACGGAAAUAUUUGUUUAUUCUCCUGUUUCGUUCUGAAUAUUUAGCUUCUCAAACCGCUGAGCCCUAGCUCCAUUACAUCAUGUAUCAAAAAACGGUAGGGAUUUUAUUGAAAAAACGUUACAUACUAAAAUACAUUGCUUGGGAAUUUAUUUUUAGGGAAUAACAUUAUCGGUUUGUUAGUGUAAACUAAGAUUUGACAAACCCCAACUGGGAAAGACCAUAGGUGUUAAGUCGGGACCACGCGGAGACCAAAUCAAUUUGCCAGGAAUUUCACGAACUCGUAGCAAAGAUCUAUUGGGUUUGUGUGAAGCUGCUCCGUCUUGCUGGAACCAUGGUUUUUGGUUAUAACCAUUAAAGUUUUACAGUUCAGGAGUCAUCUAACACCUGCACAAAAUUAAUUUACUGUAACUGUGCGUCUAUUCCGAGGCUGAUCGUUGGAUCUGUGAGCAGAUAAAUUCUUUUCACUUCCGGCAGGUUGCUGGCUUCACCUGACAACCCUCCUCCUUUACCCGGGCUUGGGAGCGGCAGUGGCAGUCAGCAGGCUACUCUAACCAUCCAGCAACCAACCACAGGCGGUAAACCAGAGACACGACGACCUUUAGGAAGACCUCCAAAAAGUUGUAUGGAUUCAUGGACAUCAACAUCUCAAGGAUGAAAAGUUGGGAACUACAGGACUAAGAAGAAGAACCGUUCGUCUCAUUUCAUCUUAAAAAAAGUAAAUGCCUAUUCUUAGUGGUGACAUCGCAGUCGAUACGGUAACUUUAGGGGAAUGUAUGUAUUCCUUAUGUUUGAAUUAUGGAUUUGUUGCUCUCCAAUAGAGUCAAAUUUGCUUGUUGACGUGUCGAUAAAGUCAAAAUUAGCUUGAUUCGAAAACAAGAUGUUGGUCAAAGAUGGAAAGCGCUCAAUCAUCUGAUAUACGAAGGUCAAGAGUACGUCAUAUUUGCGCUCAUUCUUUGCACCGCUUUAUGAUCACUUUAACUGUCGUUUAGGUCCGUUUCGAGUUCUUUCAUAGUUACUGAAGUGAACGUAUUCCCAAAUAGUCGAAAAGCUGAAGUACAACAACGGAUACGAUGAUACUGCAAUUAAAGCAGCUAUCAAAUUACAUUGAACCAAUUAUGUUGAACAUGAUGUUGAUGGAAUGAUUUAUGGACACGGUAUGACAGUUCCAUAAUUGCCCAUAGUUCAUUGGAGUGUCAUCCAGUUAAAAGCACAGAUCCAGAAAGUUUGAUAUGCGUACGUAUUUUCCUCUGCUUAAUUUCCAAUAAUUCCAUGUACCUAAAAUGUAACUGAAAAAUGUAUUUUUAGUUCGUUGGACUCUUCACGUUGUUCACCAAACUGUAGAUGAAUUUUUUUGUUCUUCCAAUUUAGAAUAUCAAAUAUCAGCUACAGGAAAUGUGAAUUAUAUUCAUUUUAUUCGUAAGUCAUGCAAUAUAAUUUGCUUGACAAAAAAGUACAUAUCAAAUGAUUUCGACACAUAUCAAAAUGUGAUGAAUAUAUAUAUUUUUUGUAAAUAUUAUAUUUAGGAUGAACAAAAACUAAUCUAAUUGAGUAGAAUAAUUUUUUGCUUUGAACAAUAUACCUUAGAAAAUUAAAAAAAAAACACAUAUCAAGAUUUGUGAGACAUAAUUAAUGAUAGAGUUUUCGAUAAAAAAUUAGAUUAGGUAUUAAGACAAUAUUGACAACGAAUUUUAAUAUACAAAUACAUUCAACAAAUUUAUGUGCACUUGGUUAUUUUUUGUUAUUCGAAAAAAUCAAUUUCAUUCAAGUACAUCUUUCUUUUCCAUUUUUUUUUUCAAUUGAAGCUAUUAAAGCAACACCAAUUCCAUUCAAAAAACCUGACAUAUCUCUUCGACCAAUUGUUUCAAGUAUUCAAACUAGUUUCACCCCAUUAUCGAAUUAUUUGAGAAAUAUUUAGAAAAAUUUUUUUCACAAAAUAAAAAUUACAUCAAAAAUACGUGGGUUUUCAAAAAAAUGAACAUUCCCGACGAAUAUAUAUUUAUAUCGUUAGAUGUCGUGGAACAUAAAUUAAUAACGAAAUUGGACAAAAAUAGAGAAAAUUCAAACAUACUUCAAAACAAAUUUAUCAAAACUAUAGAACUAAAACAUAUUUGGAAACUAAACAAAUUGAUGGUUGUACUAUGGGAGCAUCCAUAUCAAGUUUUAUAGCAUAAUUAGUAAUGGAGGCUCUUGAGGGGAUCGUCUUGAGCAAAUUUGAUAUAAAUAUUCCAUUUUUUCCGAUAAAUAAAUGAUUGCAUUACUGCUGUAUCAAAAAAUGAAAUCUAAAACAGAAAUCAAAAAUUUCGAUAUCGGACAAAAUAAUAAAAUUAAGUUUCUUGUUGGCAAAUUAUAUGAAAUUAACAAUAACAUAAAAUAAAAUGGAAUACAAAAUCAACUUGUCCCUCAAGAUAUUUUAAUUUCUAUUCAUGUUAUCCUACAAAGAAGAUUGGCUGAUGGAAAAUACGAGCCAACGACUAUUCUACAGAUGUUAUAAUCAGGGUACAGGCAUCGUCGACUUAUUCAAUAUUUACACUAGUGAAGAACAAAAAAUUUAGAUCUAAUAGUUCAGAAGACAAUAAAAGUAGAUUCUAUAAACCGUUCGUUAAAUCUGCGCUUCGCCAAGGAUCUGAUACUAAUCAUGAAUGAGUUCAAAGAAAAUAAAAAAGAUACGAAACGAGCUGAAUCUGAUAGUACUUGACAAAACUGCCUACCCCUACAAAUACUUACGAGAUUCGUUCGAGAAUGGACAAUGGAACCUGAAAUUUGCAAAAGAAUUAAGCAGUCUUCGGAAAAUUGCACUAUAUCUUAGAAUUUGAAAUCCUCAUAAGAGAAAAGUCUCCAUUUUGUUUUACUGUUUGAAAUGAAUAAGGAAUGCUUUAAAAAGAACACAAUGAACAAUAUAAGUGCUUGUUACCUAGAAAUAGAAUUUCAAAUGUAGAGGUAAGAAGUAGAAACACUCGAUUGUCAGAUAGUAUAAUAUGAAACGAUUCCAUGAAAAAUGGAUAAAAUUAGCACGGAAUCAAAAAAAAACUGGAAGAUUUAUGAGAAGCUUAUGUCUAGCAGUGAAUAAUGAACAAAUAUAAUAAACAGAUAUUAAACACUACGUAGCUCUCUAUUAAAAAAGCAGUUAAAUAAGGCGACUGAAAGGAAUUUCAAUAAAUAUUUCAAAUCCAGUCAAGGAGACUACUUCAUGAAUAGAAAUGGGUCAACAAUAACACUUUGAAAUAAUUAAAGUUGAAAUCGGAGUUGAUAUGAAUUUCCUUUUGAUAAUUUUAAUAUAAAAAGAAUUGUGAAAAAUUGAAAAGGAAUUUUAAAAAUAUAUUUGUUAUACAAAGGGGCCAAGAAAAUGCAUAUAGAGAUUUAAUAUAUUUUUAUAAUAUAUUCAUUUGAUUAAAAAAAUUCACUUACCAUCUUCUAAAGGUAAUAUCCCCAAAGAAUAAGAACAUUUACUAAUCAAAUAUGAUAUGGCAAUUUCUUAUAUAUAUAAAAAGUCUUUUUUUAUUAAAAUAAGUUUUUUGGAAUCUCUGUAUAUUCAAAUAUUUCGAUAGAUUUUCUAUAUGAAGUUGCAUUAUCACAGAUCUAUCAGAAUUGAAUGAUUUGAGCCGUUAGAUCAUAGCUUAAAAUAUAUGUAGUUUGUCUACUUCAUUUGUUCCAACCAAAUUAAACACUUCUUCCUUGAAUUUUUUAAGGCUUGCACUGUAUUCUCCAAUUUCUUCAGUCUUGAUCUUGAGAUGUCGAUAUCCAUGAUUCGGCCCGUCUCUUUGGAGGUUUGCCUGCUGAUCUUCUGGUGGUUGGCGUUUCCUUCAACGCUUUUUUCGCCAGCCGAUGUUCCCCCAUUCUUUCAGCGUGUACUUCUUCGUACUCAUCUGUUUACUAUUAUCUAGUGUCUAAUGUUGGAUCUGCGUUUUUUGUCCCAGAGGAUUGCUCCGGCUAUUGAUCUAAGGAUUUUCAUCUCUGUUAUUCGAACAAGUUAUUAUGUCUUGCUUGCUUCAGGUGGACAAGAAUUUGUUGCGCCAUAUAACGUCGCGAAAAUUUCCGGAUAUUUUAGCAGCCUCGUGGCUGAUGUUAUAGUUCCUAGAUAGUUCAAGUUCAUAACUUGUUCUAUUAUUUCAUCGUCUAUCGCUAAUUUUCAGUGUACUGGGUCUUUACUUAUUGUCAUAGACUCCGUCUUGGGGAUAGAUAUCUUCAUAUUGAACCGUUCUGCCAUUUAGUUGAGUUGGAAAAGCAUUCGUCGAUUGUUUUCGUCUUCUGCUAAAUGCGUAGCAUAAAAUUAGACUAUAAAACUAUAAAAAUAGUUUUUCUGUAAAAUACUAAUAACGUCUUUGAGUACCCUGGAUUAGGUCACCUGCAAAAUAUACGAAUGCCGACUUAUUAUACUCUCUAGUUGUUUCUAAAAUUUGUCCCAUUAUAAAUAUUUCGUCUAUUGUGGAUCUUCAUUUAUUUCUAUAUUUUGCGAGAAGUACUGUGUUAAUAUUCUUGUUAGAAGUUUCAUUAUGGAACUUUAUUUUUUCUUUUCUUAUGAAUAGAGAUGUUAAUGCUGGCUUAAUACAUUAAGUACUGUCUCCGAAGACAUCGUUAAGUUAAAUAAUGCUGUCAGAUCCUUUAUUAGUGAGUUACCAACAUACUAAAUAAUUUCGUUGCUGAUAUUGUCCGGUCCUUAAGACUUCUCAACCUUGGGAUCGCCGUUUCAACUUCUUCCUCGCUGAUUUUGAAAGUAUCAGUCUCCUUUUCUAGUGUGCUGCUAUAAUCUUGUUCAUCUAAGUUCUUAAAGUAUUUUGUCCACUGACUCGGAGACAUUUGACCCGCAAUAUAUUCUGUAGUUGGUCUCUUCCUUGAACUUAUCCGAUUCCAUAUUCUUCUUUGAGCUCCAUCAAGAAUAUGCUGCAUUUCGAUUGAGAAUUUCUUUCAAUGCUCUCACGUUUACUUCUGUUUUCAGGUUUCAAUAUUCCUUUUAUUCUGUACAAGCAGUUUUAGAUUGGUAAACCUGAGGGACUUUUGGUUUUUUUGUAGACGACGUACUGACUUUUCUUUUGCCAACUGCUUCUUCUGCUGCUGCCCAAAAUGUUAGUUUGUAUCUUUUGUCAUGACUGAUGGCCUUCGCCCAGAUUUGAGUAUGUAAGGGAUCGCCAUUCUGGACUUGUGUAUGUUUAGAAGCGAUUCAUAACUUUUGCGCUAACAUUUUAUAUAUAUAAUACUCGGUUUCUGGAUUCCGCUUGUGACGAUAUUUCGUAUCGAAUUUAAUAUUUGUGAGAAAUCGACUCAAUCCGAACGUUUCGUAUUCAAUUUGCUCUCGAUUUAAGAAUCGACUCAAAUCUUUGAAAAUAGAACGAUCCGUGAGAAUGCGCCUUAAAUAAAUCAACAUGCAUCUAUCAUUAAUGUCUCACAAAUUAUCAAUUAAUUUCAUAUAUCUUCGUUAAAUAUACAAUGAAUAAAUUAAUCUUUCGUACUUAACGGUAUCAUUGUCUGUCAAAUCUGCUAUAUCUAAUUCUAUAACUAAUUCUAGUCUAUCAAGUUUUAAAUGUUGUAGGGUGUGUAGUGUAUGAAUUGUUGAUUUCGAAAUGUUUUUUGAACUAGUUGAGUUAUUGCCGUAAUUAAUUAUUUUAAUAAUGUUCGUAUAAGUUUGAAAGUUUAUUGUUAUUGAGAGUUUUAUUUGAAAAUAUAGUGUGAAAA